AUGGCAAAUCAAGCGGAAAAGCCACCCCUGAGCGAAACCCCUUUCCAUGUCCUUCCUGCUCCAUAUCCGGGACCUAUCGACGGCCAUUCAACUUCAAGUCCCCCAAAUCAAUCAACCGCUGGCGGUGGAGUGCGGAAGCAGAUUGAGAAGAUGGUGAAGGCUGUCGAGCGCAGGAUCGACAAACAGGUUCUUGCAGCACAGAUUCGAGCUUAUGACCUCUCUCCAAUGCCUUCAACCAAGUCCAUGGUACUAUGGCUGUUGCAAAAUCCAGACGGCAGCAUGCAUCUCUACAACUCAAGCAUACAAUUGGGCAACGCUUUCAACGUCCAACUACUGCUCGCACCUCAAAAAAUCCCUACGAUCGAUGUAUUAGUCCUGCGAAUCGGAGUGCCUUUGACGUCCGGCGAAAAUCGUCCAUAG